AUGGUGUGUGUUGGUUGUGGUGGCCUCUUGGUAAAUAUACUGGGACUUAUAGUCCUUGGAGGUCAUUCACAUGGAAGCUCACAUAAUGAAAUAAAUGCUUCGGGAGAUGCACCACUGACUCCAACAGCCUUUGGCACUUCAUUACCACUGAAUAAUUCAGAUGAAGCCUUUUUGCGAGUUAGUUCAACCCAUCCUAUUUCAGGAGUAAACAACAUGUGUAACGACAAAGUAGACGGUAAUGUUAUCCAAAAUUUCCCUGACAAGGACGGAAGUGAUCAUUUUGAAGUGCCUCAACAUGAUACGAACCAACAGCAGGUGACCGUUAAAAUAAAACACAAUCACUCCAAAAGAUCUCACAGCUCAAUGAACAUGCAAGCUGUAUUUCUACAUGUUUUGGCUGAUUUCCUGGGUUCUGUCAUUGUUGUAAUUAGUGCACUGGUACUAUGGCUGGUACCUGGUGAAGUUUCUAAAGGUGAAGCAGUUUGGAAAUUGUACAUUGAUCCAGCUAUGAGCAUACUCAUGGUUACUAUAAUCUUGAUCACUGCUAUACCCCUCAUGUACAAAGCUACAUUAAUUUUGUUACAAUCCGUUCCCAGUGAGAUUUGUUUAAAGAAUUUAAAAACACGUAUGGAAAAUAUUGAUGGUAUUCAUAAAAUUCAUGAUCUGCAUGUAUGGCGCCUACAAAGCAAUUGUAUUAUUGGAACCGUUCAUAUUCGCUGUGUUAGUCUACCGGAUUAUUUGAAUAUUGCUCGUGAAGUGAAACAACUGUUCCACGAAUUCAAUAUACACUGUACAACAAUACAACCGGAAUUUGAAGAGAACACCGGAGGAUCACCUUCAGAUUAUCUAACUUGUGUGUUAGAUUGUGGGCCAAACAAGAAUUGUCAGUCAGACACAUGUUGUCCUGCAUCAGGUGUCUCUCCUGCUCCUAAUAUUACAACAUUACAGUCCAUCCCUCUGAAUAUGUACUCUACAUCACAGAAUUCUUUUAAUUUGAUGCCGAACAAUGCAUCGAAAUCUGUACGAAACAGCUCACCGGAUAAAGAUUUACGCCUUACUGUAUCACAUGGUCUUACACAAUUGAGUGAAUAA